AUGGAGCAAGUCUGGCGGAACUUCCUUAGAGGCUCGUCCACUCCAGCCGCAGUUCAUGAAACGGGACGCCGGACAACUGUCAAGGACGUUCAACGGCCGGCCGUACGACCCGCGUUCCUCGCUCUAUGUGUCAACACAGGUGGAAUCUACAAGACCCUCGCGGAUAUCAGUAUCGAGACGAUAGCGUGCGACGAAGAAGCGUUCAGAGUAAUGAAGAAGGAGUAUUUGAAGAAGUGUGGGUUCCGGUCGAGGUUUAAACUCCUUAUCAGGCCAAUCACUGUGGGAUUCAUACAGUUUACUCUCUGGAAUAUUCGCGGUGGUUAUGUAUCAGUCUGCAACAGGCCAAACGCCAUACCCUCCGACGACAUGAAUAAUUAUCUGUACCUCCCCCGACCGAUGAAACCACUCCCUCCGAUGCCGCUUGAGAUAUUUAUUCACUGCCUCGAAUACGGUGAGGGCGACCUCAGUCCCGCCCGCCAUGACUGGCUGCCACGCCUGCCAAAGCGCCUGGACAAGCGUGUAAUCGACUGUGAUGAGACGUGUCUCGGUUGGGUAGUGCACAUCAUUGAAGGCCCAAACAGAGAGUCAAUAUUCAUUCUCGCCAUGAUUACUAUGCUCGCCAGCUUCCUGGCCACAGUGUCAUGGUCAAAGCUGCAGGGCGACAUUCAAGGUGGCACCGGGCUCGGAGCUCUCAUCGUGGCGUUCCCUCCUACAAUUCUAACUGCGUUUCUCAUUCGGCUAGGAGCCAUGUAA